UCGAGGAGCAGCCGCGUUCAAUGUAACGAUGGUAGUAAGUUAUGAUUAAGAAAGAAUGGUUGCUCCUUCUGCUCGUGUUCUGCUAUGAAGUAAAGCUAUGCAUAUCCAACUUUACAGGAGCAUCGACUACAGAAAAGAAGUCUAUAACCGGAGACAACAAAUCGCCUACAUGGAAGCCCCAUACCAACCAAACAGAGGGACAAGAAGGCGCCGACAGAGGCGUGGAAUCGGCGUCGAAUCGACCUUCUCGAGUUCGACGUAGUAUUAUGCAGUUAGCAGGAAUGUUACGAUGCACAACUGGGUGUGACCCUCUGGCCUACAAGAGCUACGGCUGUUAUUGUGGUUACCUUGGGGCUGGAGAUCCCGUCGAUGACAUAGAUAGAUGUUGCUGGGAACAUGAUUGGUGUUAUACUAAUACUAGAUGUCCUCAAUUAUUCCUUUAUUUCUUCAGAUAUCCGUGGCAAUGUUCUCCUCCCGGUAUUCCACAAUGCGGCACCAUGCCGGAAACUACGAUUGCCCAGCAAUGUGCUAGACAGUUGUGUAUGUGUGACAGAGCUUUCGUUCAAUGUGUGAGAAGAUUUCCGUGUCCGAGACAAAGCGUUUUGUGUAAAACGAAUCCAAUGGUUGCCCUACAAAGUAUAUUUUUUGGUAAACGAUAGAUUUCCUUACUCCUCGUCUUCAAUUUUAUGCCAUCAAUAAUCGCACAUAUUUUGUAUUUUAAGACUUGUAAAUACAAGUACUUUCAGCACGUAAUGAUUAUCGUAAAAGAAAACUACUUACGGUUAUGGUACAAUUUUUAAGAUUACAUUAUUUUAUCGAUUAUAUUAAUAGAUUCAUCAAAUCUAUUAAGAUCAUCGAUAAUAAUCGCAAUAUUUAAAUUUGGCAUUAAAUCUUGAAUUACUUUUUGUAUAUAAUUUUAUCCCAGAACAUGAUCUUAAUCAUCAUAUGUAUGCACACACACACACAAGCACAAAUGUAUGCACACACACACACACAAGCACAAAAACACACAUACACAAAUGUAUGUGUUUUUUUAUUUUCAUAAUUUUAUUUUUACAAAAGAUAUUUGGCGAUGCCCAAUGAGAAAAAUGAGCCACUCCCACACUAACAAUGGCACGAUACUGAAUUUUUGGAUUAGAUUGACGAAAAUAUGACAUACGCUUAAGUAGCAAGGAGAACUUUCAAAACUCAAUUGAAAUUUGCUGUGAAUUCGGCCAAAUAUACGACGAUUAGCUUAAAAUCUUUCACAAAAAUUUAUUUUUAAAGAUUUAUCUGAAAUGUGAUAUAUUCAUUGUUAAAAAAUUCAACGCCUUUUACCAUUGUAUUCGCGCCUAAGAAAUGAAUCGGUUAAAUUCCGUUCAUUAAUAAAAU